UUUAGUCCGUUUAUGUUCACACUUUGCCUCAACGUUUGAGCAUAGACUCUAGAGGCCCAUCUGGCUGCGCACCCAGACCUCCUGUAUCACCACAGCGCAUCAGUGCAGCAUACCAGAAAUUAUGAUAAGUCUCACCGACAACGGUUUUUCAGACGCAGAUAUCCGAGGACUCAAGCUCGCAUUCUCACAAAGCUGUAGCACUGCCAACGAAGCGACCACCAGCUCGGGGUUCGGGACAGCUCUGGCGCCGGCGAACUACCGAACUGGCUUGCAGUUCAACAGGAGCUCAGGUACUCCAGAGCAACGGAUCCCACCAGGUGGUAUUUGGACGGGAUCACCUGUAGACGUCAAAGGAAAAGGCGUCGCACGGAGCCUUGACUGGCAUUUGGCUACCAUGGCAUCGAAUGAUAGGGAGCGAGAAGAAAUGACAUACAAGCUCCUCGAGUCCCUUCCUCGUUCUGUGCUUGCAAGUCUGCAGCGCAGAAUGACGCCUCUAUUGCAGUUCGAUGUCGUCGGGGCCCUUCCCACAGAACUUUCUCUCCUCAUCUUUACGCAUCUCCCAGCAGCUUCCUUACUCACCUGCUCUCUUGUCUCCAAACGUUGGCACAUCCUCGCAACCGAUCAAGCACUCUGGCGUCGUCUUUGCCAUACACACGGAUGGGAAUGGCGCACGGACGUUGCUGCACCCACCCCUUGGGACGGACUUGGUAAUGCAGAUUCCGCGGAUGCAGUUGUUCGCGAAGAAAGGGAUGAAGAUGAAGGUAUGGGUGACGAAGAGGAGGACGAGGACGAAGGGAGCGGGGAGGGCGCGGGAGAUGUCGUUGAUUUUAUAGGGGAUGACUCGGUAGACUGGGCGUCCAUGCCGAUGAACAUUGACGACAUUGAAGCACAGGGUCUAUCUCAUCUCCUCAUACCUAUCAAUCGUGCCACUUUCUCCCCCUCAACAUCUGCCGUCAUCCCAUUAUCCCGUACCACAUCGCAGCAUGGCUUUUCAUCCCGACGCGCGCACCUUGCGCCUGACUAUAAGCUCCUCCACCAGACGCACAUGCUCCUACGCAACCGUUUCUGCCAGGGUACAUAUCGCAGGCGUACACUGCCUUGCGCAGAUGCCGGCGGACACAGUGCUGCAGUGUACUGCCUUUGGUUAUGGACGUAUCCAGCAGGGCUUGAUGGCCGGUCCGCACCCCUGCAGGUGCUAUUUACGGGCUCGAAGGACCGCACGGUUCGCGAGUGGGAUCUGCGCACGGACCGCGUACGGCGCGUGGUCGGUGAAUUGCAUGAAUCUAGUGUCCUGAGCUUAUGUGUAUCUUCUGACUUUGCGAAAUUGGGAGAAGGAGAGGAAGCGCUAGCAAACGAGCCCAGCAGUGCUGGGUUGCUGGUGAGUGGAGGUAGUGAUAGGCGUGUUGUUGUUUGGGACCUCGGCAAGGACAAGUUGGUCAAGGUGCUGCAAGAUCAUCUCGACAGUGUGCUUUGUGUUCGUGUUGAUAGCGGGAGAUUGGUGACGUGUUCCAAAGACCGAACUGUCAGAACAUAUGGGUUUCCGUCCUUGAAGCCUCAAUUCGUAUUUCGUGCGCAUCGUGCAGCUGUUAAUGCAGUCUCUGUCGUUGGCGACGUGAUAGUGUCUGGCUCUGGUGACCGUUCCAUACGUGUUUGGAAUGCAAACACUGGCGCGCUCAUCAGCACAUUUGAGGAACACCAUGCACGAGGCAUUGCCUCUAUCGAGUUCAGGCCCCCAUUCUUGUUGUCUGGCUCAUCAGACAUGCAUUUGCGCAUGUUUGACAUAGCUUCGUCGCAAGGCUGGUCGACAAGCCCUGAGUUCAAUACUCCUUCAGCCGCAGUUCCCACCUUGACCACCUCACCAUCGCAUGGCCAAGAUAAUAUUGCAAUGAUACCGGGACAGGGGGCAGCACCAUUCUUCUUGCAUUCCUCCCUAACACGAUCCAUGUCUAAUACCCCGCGGCCAGAUGCAAACACCGUCGUGUGUCAUGCUUGUGGGUCGCAUGGAUUGUCUGCACGGCGUGAGCAAGAGAGACAUACACAUCUCGUGCGAAGCGUUGCUCUUGGGGAGGAGUUUGCUGUCAGCGGGAGCUAUGAUCUAAGCAUAAAGGUGUGGGACAGGAAGACAGGGGCGCUGGUCGCUGACCUGAAUGGCGGCCACACGGGAAGGAUAUUCUGCGUGGGUUUUGAUUGUACCAAGAUUGUUUCGUGCGGGGAAGAUCAGAGGAUCUGUAUUUGGGAUUUUUCUCAUGGGAUUGAUACAUCUUUCAUCAAACUGUAGCCCUAGAUUCAUGCGAUACCCCGUGUUUUGGAAAGUCUCCCCUGUGGGGUCUGUAGAUUGUUUAUUGAUUGACCUUUUUGUGCUGCCGAA